AUGGAGUGGGUUCGAGGCGAUUUACUCGGCCAUGGAAGCUUCGGAACAGUGAAUUUAGGAAUAUCCAAGAGUCAGAGCCUUCAAUGUAUUCACGAGAAUGGGUUUGUUCACUGUGAUCUCAAGCUUCAAAACGUUCUUCUAUGUCAAAACGAUGUCGCGAAGAUCGCCGAUUUUGGUUUGGAAAAGAAAUCGGGAGAGAAGAUCGUGGGUUUUGAGUUGAGAGGUACGCCGAUGUAUAUGCCGCCGGAGACAGUGGUGGCCGGACAGCAGGAGGCGGCUGCGGACGUAUGGGCUUUGGGGUGUUUGGUGACGGAGAUGGUGGCCGGAACGCCGCCGUGGCUAUGUGACACUGUUAAAGCCAACAUGAAGACAACAACAAGAGCAAGAAACCAGAGCAGAACAACAGCAACUCUGGAGCAGCAACAAGCCAGAGCAAAACAUCAACAAGUAGACAAAAAACCAGAAGUAUGGUUGAGGAACGAAUGA